AUGGAGGCGCUACUCGCGCAAGGAGGCGUGGUCCAACUGGGAGACGUCGGGCGCAGCAGCACGCUGCCCUCAGGUGAUCUCCUGAUGAAGAGGUCUGUCACCCAUCAGGCUUUUGGGCCCCCGUAUCGGGCGUUCAAGAGCGAGCCGGCCAAGCCGCCCAGGCCGAAUCUCUUCCUUCCGGGCCGAAACCAUCCGCCCUCAACAGCCUACCGAUCUGAGUUCACCGACCCCGGAGCGCAGAGACCCGAGACGCCGAGCGCCCAGCGCCCAUCCACGGCCACGGCCAGGCUCCAGUCGGCCAGCGGUGCCGCGCAGCCUGCCGCCCCGAGGAAGCCUGCCCGCUGCCAAUCUGCCCCCGCCGGUGGCCGCAAGCCGGUCUCGCCGCCCUCGGAAGACUGGGGCGAAGGCUCUUCCACCACUGCGUCCGUCGCGCCCCGGCCGGCCUCGGCCGUCGCGCGGUUGCAGGCGCUCUUGUGCCGAAACGAGGAGAUCUUCAAGGUGCGCCGCGCCUGCUAUCUGAGCCCCGGCCAGUGA